AAUUUUGAAGUGAAAAAGACUCCUGCAGUGAAGCCCUAUAGUGCUGACAACUUUUCUGUUACACGUUAUCAUAUUUCCGAACCUUAUGUGGACAGAGAAGUGGAUGGAGAGCAGCCAGAUGCUCGGUUAGCUGCUGAAGAAGAAGGGAAGCGUUUGGAGGAACUACACAGAGAGGCAGAGAGGGAGAGAAGAGAGCAGCUUGAAAAGGCACAUCUCAGAGGAAGUCAUGCCUUGAAGAAGGUCCAUUUGGCUCAGAACAGGGAGAGGCUGCUGAAAGAACUGGAGCAAAUGCAGAAUAUGGACCGGAUGCGCAGAAGACAAAUUGUAGCACAGAUGCCACCUCAACUUUUUGUGCCUGCAUACAAACGCAUGGAAAUAAAAGAAGAAUGGCAGAGAGAAUUGGAGUUUGCAUUUGAAGAUAUGUACAGUGAAGACAGGAAAAUGAAAGGAGACCUGAUUUUGCAGUUUGAGCCACAACCUUUUCCAGCCCCUUCUGAUAGAUCUCAAGAUAAUGAUCUCGAUAUCUCUUUGGAGCAAGAAUCUGCUUGUGAUACUCAACAAGAGUUGGGACAGAUGAUAGAAGAGGAGGAGCCCAAUGAAUCAGAAAAUCAUGAAGAAGCAAAUACUCACCAACCUCAGUCAAAACUUGCCUUAAAGAAAUUGCUGAACAAGAUUAGAAGCCAAAAAGAGGAGUGGACGUCAAAAAGUGAGAAAGAGAUUCAAAGUGAAAUUGAGACUAUUGAAUCAGGCACAAUUGCUAGUGAAGAGAGACCAUUAUGUGAUUCCGAACUUAACUAUGAGCAACAGAAAAAUACAGUAGGUGAAGCCAAAGACUCUGUGGAAAUGUUGGAAAAUACAGUUGCAGCUGAAAAUUCAGUUCUAAUCCAUCCUCAAGAACAAGCAGCUAAAAUUAGAAUGCAAGAGGAGAGACAAAAGUGGAACAAGCAAAUAGAGCAACAGAAACAGGAACAGCUGGCCUUGCUUAAACAAAUUGAAGAAGAGAGAGCACGUUUGGAGGCUGAUUUUCUGAAGAUCCAAAUGCAACCCUGUUUGGAGGAGGCUAAGAAAAAAAAAGAGGAGGAAGAGCAAGGUCAGCUGGUACAAAGCCACAGUGUUCCUUCUACAGAUCAGCAGACUAAAGUGGAAUAUGAGACUGGAAAUGCUACUGUAUCAGAAACCAGGAGUCCUAGAGAAGACAGCCAUUUACAGAUGAUUCGUAAUUAUCAACAACGCCUUUUGCAGCAAAAUAGGCUGCACAAACAGACCAUUGAAGAAGCUAGAAAGCAUCUACAGGAGUAUCAGAAUAAAUUGAAGCAAAGAUACUUAUCUACUUCUGCAACACUUCCGGGCUCUGUGGAAACAAAAUCAAUUGAUUUGAAGCCUGUCUUAGAACCAAUUCUACAGAGGCAAGGAGUGCAACCAACACAAUACCAGUCAUCUGAACAAGUAUGUGCACAAGAGCAUGCACUGUCACUACCUGUGUUUUCAGGAACAUUGUGUAUGGUGGAAAAACCAUCUUCACAGAAACAUGAAGAGCAAACGCGUAACGUUUGUCCUGGCAGACAUGUGCAGUUUUUAGAAGCAUCGAAAUCUAAAUAUGGAGAGUUUUGCUUGCCAUGUGGCUGUCUCUCACAGGAACAAGUGGGAAUGUUGGAAGCCUCCAAUAAUCACAUCACAGAACCGUCUCAGUUCCAAUUACCUUCGGGGUUAGUCAUGAAAGAUGUCACUGCAGUAAGAACACAACCGGAAGCACGCGUACAACGUGUUAGAUUUGUUUUGCCUGCAGAAGAUUCCUCUGAGCCUUCAGAAACAGUGCACUUUAAAGAGUCAUCUCAGAAGAUGUCUAACCAUCAAACAGAGACAGAAGCUGGAAAAGAGCCUUCACUUAAGACACCCCUCAUGCCAGCGACAAAGGGAUCUCAUAUAGUUCAGGCAGCCUCAGUUGAUUCUUUGUAUCGGCAGGGAUCUGCAGAGAGCACCAUCAAAACAAGCUUUGAACAACCCCUUAAUCUUUCUGAAGCCAUGAUUUUAUCUCAUGAAGAAUCUAAAGCCCAGGGUGUUGAGGAAUUCUUGAUACCAAAAACGGGAGAUGCGUCUUUGUUAAAUUAUUCUGGUAUACUGAAUUUAAGGGACAGAGUGUUGGCCUCAUCAGAAAGCAUCCAAGCUCAGCAAAAGUAUUUGAAAGAAUUGCAAGAGCAGCUAGAUGCACAAAGAGAAGCUCUUCUUUCUAGACAGAAAAUACAAGAACAACUACUUUUACAAAAGCAAGAUAAAUUGAAGGAACAGAUGCAGAGACAGCAAGAGGCUUUGAAAGGAUUUCUGAACAAGCAGGUGAGACAUACCUGCACAAAUGAAGAAAUGACAGAGGCACAAAAGCCUGACUGGAUUAAUAGGACUGACUUUUUCCGAGUCUCAGAAAGGUAUCAGCAAGAGAAUUGUGGCAGGAGUAAAUUUCACAGAAGUGAAAUGAUUUCACAGUGCAUCGGUCCAGCUGAGCAAACUGGUAAGCCU